UUUGGGUGUGCGAGACUUGACAUCAGAAGAAUUACAGGGUGUGUUAAGUGGUGAUGUCCCAUCCUUUCAGGUUGUUGGCAUGAGGUAGGAUUAAAUAGUGGAGUGGGGUGGUGUUAUUUAGAUUUGUAUCAUUUUUUUGUGAGUAGUGUUAGAUGGUAGGGUAUUUUUUUUUUUAAAGCAAAGUAUAAGGGAGUUAGUUGUAUUCCAGUCUAGUAGGUGGCGGUAAUGCAACAUACUCUUAGAGCUGACUCGUUCGCGAACGACCCAUCGCUAAUACUCCGCGGUUUGACUGGACCAGCAAACUGUUCAUCAACACAGGUCGGAGAAGCCGAAGAUUCCACCGGAAGUAAUAUUCUUGUUUACAGCAGUUAGCUAAGGUGCUAGCUAGUUAGCACAGUAGCUACCGGUAGAUAUAUCUAGCUAACAUAAGAGGAGGAUGAGCAGCUCGGAGGAGGUGUCCUGGAUCUCCUGGUUCUGUGGCCUGAGGGGGAAUGAGUUCUUCUGUGAGGUUGAUGAGGACUACAUUCAGGACAAGUUUAACCUGACAGGGCUCAAUGAGCAGGUGCCUCACUACCGCCAGGCCCUCGACAUGAUCCUCGACCUGGAGCCAGAUGAGGAGCUGGAGGACAACCCCAACCAGAGUGACCUGAUAGAGCAGGCAGCAGAGAUGCUGUACGGGCUGAUCCAUGCACGCUACAUCCUCACCAACAGAGGCAUUGCUCAGAUGCUGGAUAAGUACCAACAAGGGGACUUUGGCUAUUGCCCAAGAGUGUACUGUGAGAAUCAACCCAUGCUUCCUAUUGGUCUGUCAGACAUCCCAGGUGAGGCCAUGGUGAAGCUGUAUUGUCCAAAGUGCAUGGAUGUGUACACCCCCAAGUCCUCCCGGCACCACCACACGGACGGGGCCUACUUCGGGACAGGCUUCCCCCACAUGCUAUUUAUGGUGCACCCUGAGUACCGGCCAAAACGACCUGCCAACCAGUUUGUGCCAAGGCUAUAUGGCUUCAAGAUCCACCCCAUGGCUUAUCAACUCCAACUCCAGGCUGCCUCCAGCUUCAAGAGUCCUGUGAAGGCUAUUCGCUAGAACUUACACACCCGGCCGGGAAAGAGACAUUUUGACUUGGUUGGAAUGAAAGCAGUGGAUUAUGUAGCUCAAUAAAGGCUUGUUAAAACACAUUAUGACAGAUACAAUACAUACAUGUAGAUCAGGGAUGGGAACCUCCAGUCAUUGGGGUUGCAGUGGUGUCACACUAUUCCCCCAUUCCUAGCGAACACAGCUGAUUAAACACAUUGUAUUCUAAACUGAUGAUCAUGAUCAGUUCAUUAUUGGAUAUGACACCAAUCAGGCCCCCAGAAGGACUGGAGUUGACCAUCCCUGAUGUAGAUGGAUGCGCUUAUGUCGACAUCCGGACCAGGCCAUCAUCUGUCUGUUAUACAGGAUGCUUUUUGGUGAUAGGCUAAAGCACAGAGGGAGCCAAUCACAACCCUACUGACUACAAUCUUGCAACUCUUCCCCUUUCCUUGACAGGACCCAAUCUUUCAAACCUAUUUUCAGUUUGGCUCGCUAAGGCAGGGUUUUCCAAACUCGGUCCUGAGCCCCCCCCCCCAGGUGCACGUUUUGUUUUUUGCCCACUUAUUGUCAAAAGAGCUAAUGUGAUUGGUCAGCCUGUGUGAGCGCAUCCUAAUACCUGUUUUCACACUAUCAUGCUGACCUGCACCGUAUUGGGCUGGCUCAGAUACAUUCUCUUCAUGGUUUCCUUUCCUGCAUGGUUCCAUUACCGAGGGUGGACACGUAACUUGGCAGUGUGAAAAGGGUGAUAUACAACAAUCUUAAAUGAUUAUUUAUAUCCAGAUUGGCUGAGAAUCCAAUGAACAACCAGUUUGAUAUGUAUUAUAGAUUCCCUAGAGAAUGGCUGCUGCACUAAUUGAAUUGAAGACAGAGUUUAUUAGAUGUAUAAGAUAUGUUCUUCUCGGGGUGAAGGGCAACAUGGGUUUUCUUUGUGCUGGAACACUCACUGUCACGGCCACUAAAGCCAUCAUUAGUUGUAAACAUGUCCAUGACAGAGCAGAGUUGUCUCUUGACUGGACACUGAGAUGCAUGGUUUCUCUUGCAUUGAUCUGUUACAAUAUUAAGUGGUAUUGAACACACAGGUGGAUGGCUAUUUCAUGUUGAUAACCUACAGCUACAACCAGUUUACAUUAUGGUACUACAUUUUACAUGAAAGGUUUUCUUUCAGUCUACAAUUCCAGUGGUGAUGCUAUUAUUGAUUUUCUGAAUGCAGGAAUUAAGAAUUUUUAAUAAAAUUGUAUUUCUUACAA